CAGCGAGUCACUUCGGGGAAAGUGGAGCUGCGGGGAAAGUCCAAAUCUUGUGGCGCUGGCGCCAGGCGUGGAGGUAGCUGUGUUCACGGUCGAAUCCAAAAGCCGCCGUGGCCUCCUGGCUGCUGUGCUCAGGGCCACCUUUCUGUUUCUCCUACAUGUUGGAAUCGACUCCCAGCAGGAAUCACAUAAAGUUCAGAAGCCAUGUCUCGAAGAUAUGACUCCAGGACCACAAUAUUUUCUCCAGAAGGUCGCUUAUACCAAGUGGAAUAUGCCAUGGAGGCUAUCGGACAUGCGGGCACCUGUUUGGGAAUUUUAGCCAACGAUGGAGUUUUGCUUGCAGCGGAGAGGCGCAACAUCCACAAGCUUCUUGAUGAAGUCUUUUUUUCUGAGAAAAUUUAUAAACUUAAUGAGGACAUGGCUUGCAGUGUGGCAGGCAUAACAUCUGAUGCUAACGUUCUGACUAAUGAACUAAGGCUCAUUGCUCAAAGGUACUUAUUACAGUAUCAGGAGCCGAUUCCCUGUGAGCAGUUGGUUACUGCACUGUGUGAUAUCAAACAGGCGUAUACACAGUUUGGAGGCAAGCGCCCCUUUGGUGUCUCUUUGCUGUAUAUCGGCUGGGAUAAGCACUACGGCUUUCAGCUCUAUCAGAGCGACCCAAGUGGGAACUACGGGGGAUGGAAAGCCACGUGCAUUGGAAACAACAGUGCGGCAGCUGUGUCAAUGUUGAAGCAAGACUACAAAGAAGGAGAAAUGACUCUGAAGUCAGCACUAGCCCUGGCUGUCAAGGUGCUAAAUAAGACAAUGGAUGUCAGCAAACUGUCAGCUGAAAAAGUGGAAAUCGCCACGCUAACAAGAGAGAGCGGGAAGACGGUGAUCAGAGUCCUUAAGCAAAAGGAAGUGGAACAGUUGAUCAAGAAACACGAAGAGGAAGAAGCCAAAGCCGAGCGGGAGAAGAAAGAAAAGGAACAGAGAGAAAAGGAUAAAUAGACGGAAUCACGGAUCUAUUAAGUCCUUAGAGGCACCAACACUUAGGAGCUGUCCUGGCCUUCCACCCUGGAAGUGUUUUCUUGUAUUUUCUUCCUUACCUUGGCCAUCGGGGAAAUAGGACAUUACAUACUGAAUUGGGUCCAUGUCUGUCCAGUUGGCUACUUUAUUGUAAUGAUGGACAUCUUUAUAAACAUCUUAAUCUCAACACAUAAUUUUUGGAAUAAAACUUGGAAAGAUUG